AUGGACAUAGGCUGCAGAUGGACCAGAAUAUGCUGUGGGACUUCUGACGUUCGUUCCUCCUUAUCUUGCCCGGUAGGUUGUUACAGAAAGAGCCAAACCAAAGCAGGGACUGAUUCCACAUGGGGAAAGGAAGGAGUAGGGGAAGGAGGUCUAAUUAACGGAGUAAAGCAGUAUAAGGGCUUAGUGCUCCGAUUGCGCCUUAGGACUAGGCAACAAUCAAAUUCGGUAAAUGCCCCUUACUCUUCCAAUGAAGGUGGGAUUGGCAAGAGGAUGGCUGCCUCGGCCUCAAAGCUGUUAGAGAAUGCGCUCUUAUCAAUACAGGGACGCGAGAGGAAUUCCUCGAAGGUAGUACUAAAGGGAUGGGGCAUUACCGGUGUUAGCGACGGAGGGAUUGUUUGCAAGAGAAGGUUGCCCAGUUAA